CCCACAUGGUCUCCCCUCUUCUUGGUCACGUUCAGGAGUUCAUCUGGCAAACUCCUCGUGAGCAGAGGAAGGUGUGACUGUGGUGCCUCCGACCCCCAGAUGUCCUCGGGAAUGAAGGCCAUUGGGGUUCUCGUGGUCUUUGCCUCCUGCCUGAUGGCCCCUGCCCACAGCAGCUUCUGGCAGUUUCAGAGGAUGGUCAAGUACAUCACGGGGCGGAGCGCCUUCUUCUCAUAUUACGGAUAUGGCUGCUACUGUGGCCUUGGGGGCAAAGGGACCCCCGUGGAUGACACUGACAGAUGCUGCCUGGCACAUGACUGCUGCUAUGAGAAGCUGAAGCGAUUCGGCUGCCAGCCUGUGCUGAACAGCUACCAGUUCCACAUCGCCAAUGGGUCUGUGGCCUGUACAUGUGCCCUCAGUCCCGGCGUCAGCUGUCUCUGUGGGCUGCGGGCAUGCGAGUGUGACAAGGAGUCUGCGUACUGCUUCAGAGAGAGCCUGCCCACCUACGAGAAAACCUUCAAGCAGUUCUCCACCCGGCCCCACUGUGGGAGGCGUAAACUCCAGUGCUAGGCAGCCACAGGCCCCUGGCCGGUCAGCAUGUGUUCCGGAGUCACCCUCCCGGGAAGCCUUCUCAUGCUGUCCCCAACAGGCUCC